AUGCCGUUCUUCCUUCACCCCCCACAUAAUGCCCUCGACCCCUACAAUGCCUCUCACCCCCACAUGAUGCCUCCACCCCUACCUAAUGCCCCUCACCCCCAACAUAAUGCCCUCGCCCUACCUAAUGCCUCAUCUCUCCCACAUAAUGCCUCUAGCCCUUCCAAUUAUGAGGGCGGAAGGACUAACCUAUACCCUGCCUUCAGUUACCGCCCGCCAACGCCGCCCCUCACCCGCCAACGCCGCCCUCACCCCGUCAACGCUGCCCCUCACCCCGUCAACGCCGCCCCUCACCCGCCAACGCCGUCCUCACCCGCCAACGCCGCCCCUCACCCCGUCAACGCCACCCCUCACCCGUCAACGCCUGCCUCUCACCCCGUCAACGCCGCCCUCACCGCCAACGCCUUCCCCCGCCAACGCCGCCCCUCACCCCGCCAACGCUGCCCCUCACCCGUCAACGCUGCCCUCACCCCGUCAACGCCGCCCCUCACCCCGUCAACGCCACCUCACCCCUCACCCGUCCCCCCUCACCCCGUCAACGCCGCCCCUCAUCCGCCACGCCGCCCCUCACCCCGCCAACGCCGCCCCUCACCCGCCAACGCUGCCCUCACCCCGUCAACGCCGCCCUCACCCCGUCAACGCCGCCACUCACCCCGUCAACGCCGCCCCUCACCCGUCAACGCUGCCCUCACCCGUCACGCUGCCCCUCACCCCGUCAACGCUGCCCCUCACCCCGUCAACGCCGCCCCCUCCCGUCAACGCCGCCCUCACCCCGUCAACGCCGCCCCUCACCCGUCAACGCCGCCCUCACCCGCCAACGCUGCCCUCACCCGUCAACGCCGCCCCUCACCCGCCCCCCUCACCCGUCAACGCCGCCCUCACCCCGCCAACGCUGCCCUCACCCCGUCAACGCCGCCCUCACCCGCCAACGCCGCCCUCACCCCGUCAACGCCGCCCCCCGUCAACGCCGCUUUCCCUGUCAACGCCGCUCUCUGA